AUGUUGGACCAUGGGCCGAUUGAUGUUUCUAAUGAGGUGGACAACACACAGGUUGACACAAGGUAUUCAACGGCGCACGACAUUAUUCUAGCGGCUAAUGAAGCGAAUGGUGUCAAUCUGUUCGAGGGAGAUAUCAAGUCUCUGCCUCCACGAUAUCGAACAGCUGUGAUUGACCGGUCCCGCCUGUGGCCAGACACCACCAUACCUUACACCAUGGAUUCGAGAUAUGACUCUGAUGAAGUGAGAGCCAUUAUGGAGGCGAUGGCAGAAUUCCACAACAAAACAUGCAUGCGGUUUGUUCCCAGGAAGGAAGAAGAAGAUUAUAUAUACUUCGUGCAACACAAAGGAUGCUACUCAUCUGUGGGCCGGACCGGUGACCAGCAGGAGCUCACGGUGGGCAAGCCUUGUCUGACCAAGGGCACGGCCAUCCACGAGAUCAUGCACGCCCUGGGGUUUUGGCAUGAACAGAAUAGAUCUGACAGAGACUCCUUUAUCCAGAUCAUCUGGGACAACAUCAAGGAAGGUCGAGAGUUUAAUUUUGAGAAGUUCACUAUCAGCGACGUGGACGUCCUAGGCGCCCCCUACGACUACGGCAGCAUCAUGCACUACUCAGCGACGGCCUUCUCCAGGAACGGACAGGAGACCAUAAGGACAGUCAGGCCUACGAAAUCCGCUCUGGGACAGAGAGACCACCUCAGUUAUGUAGAUGCCUGGAAAGUCAAUAAACUGUACAAAUGUUUCCCGACACAUACAACAAACCUUCACGCUCCUCCACGACUUUCCACCACGCCGCCCGCCGUACGACCGACACCACCGCCUCUCCAUCCUGUCAAGGGCCACCAAUUCGCUACACCACCCAACCUACCCCAUCACGUCCGAACCCCGCCGCCCCUACCCAAAACCACACCCCACUACGCCUGGGGGCCAUUUUCCGACUGGAGUCCUUGUGACAUCAACUGCAACGCCAAGAGGUCAAGGCUCUGUCUGGACUUCAUCAGACAGGACUGCGGCCCGGAACCGAGCGAUGAGAACUACGUGUGUCCGCCACCUUGUAUACACGCUUCGUACAUCGGAUGCUGGCUGAACAACGCCUCUCAUCCCGCCAUCCCUAUGAUUGAAAACCAGCAUUCGAAUACCCUGGAGUUCCACACUCUAGAAGCUUACCGCGAAUGCGCAGACGCAGCAAAUGAGCUGGGAUACCCCGUCUUUGCUCUGUUCCGGGACGGUGAUUGUCUAACUGGCCCUGAUGCUCUGACGUCAUUUGCCAAAUAUGGACCAAGCAACCUGUGUGGAAAGAACGGACGAGGAAACAACCUAGCAAUGGCAGUUUAUUCCUAUCAGAAAGACAUAGAUGGAGCAUGGGGGGCUUGGGGAAAGUGGGAGCGUUGCAGCCAGCCGUGUGGAGGGGGGACUCAGAUACGGAGGAGGUUCUGCAGCAAUCCCCCUGCUGUGGGAGCCGGGACACCGUGUCAUGGGGAGACCAACGAGUCCAAGUCUUGUAACACCACGCCGUGUCAGGACAGAGACGGCAGUUGGAGCGUUUGGACUUCAUGGAGCAGAUGUUCUAGGGCCUGUGGCGUAGGGAUACAAUACCGGAAACGCACGUGUGACGACCCUUCUCCGUCGGGAAGCGGGCAACAGUGCCCCGGAAAAGAUUUGGACAGCACACAUUGCUUUUUGACAGACUGUCACCAGUCCCAGGAUUGUGGCAGCGAGGCUCACUUCGGGACCCACGGCUACAUCCAGCAGGGUCGGUACGGAAAGUCCAUGUCUUGUGAGUACAGGAUCAUCACGUACACAGGGACGUCGGUGUUGCUGGAGGUGCUUCAGAUGGACAUUGAGUAUAGCAAGGAUUGCAAGGACGAUUCACUCAUGGUGUUUGAUGGCAACUCCAGCAGCAGCCCUCUCUUGGCGUCUCUUUGUGGUAACAUCAAGCAUUCUCCAAUACGGUCUUCAGGAAACCAGCUGUUCAUUCUGUUCGAGAGUGAUUCCACCAUACAGACCUCAGGAUAUUCCCUCAAGUGGCAGAUCACACACAGCACAUAUAACAUGUGUGCCCGACCUGUAGAACCUAUCAACGGCGCCAUGACCGGAUCUUCUACGUAUGUUGGAGACACAUUCCAGUUCAGAUGUCACGCAGGCUAUCAUCUGAUUGGUCCGUCCGUGAUCACGUGUGUCAGUUUCGACCAAUACCACGCAGUAUGGGACAAUGGCUAUCCACGAUGUGACGCAUCGCAACCACAUCAGCCUAUCGUCGAAAUUGGAUAAAACGAUAUAUAGCAAAAAAUAUACCUUGCAUAGUAUGCAUUUCCUUCUGA